UCUCAACCUGCAGACUGGCUGUCAGGAUCGUGUGGAGGUGUGUGUGUGUGUGCUGCACACCGCAGAGAGCGUGUGCAUGAACGUGUGAACAGAUUUAGAAGUGAAGUGGCAGCUUCUUUUUUCUUCUUCUGAGAGGAAGUGUGUUUUCUCGCUGGGAAGAAAAGACAUGAUGAUGAUGAUGAUGGUUAUAAAGACGUUAAAGAUGAUGAUGGGUGUCCCUCGACCUCCGCGGGCUCAGGUGAGCCCCGGGCUCCAGACUGAGUGCUAGCCAUGCUGCAGCAGAUCGAGCCAUCGUCCAGCACCCUGCAGCUGGUUGCCAGUGAUAUGAGCGACAUCAUGGACAAUCUGGACACCCGCGAUCUUGAUUUAGGCGAUGGAGAUUAUGACACGACAGACAACAACGCACCUGCAGAGGGUUUGCCUUUUAAAGAGAUUUACAACACAGUGGCUUUCAAGGAGACGGAGGCCAAAGUCUACCUUUCCUCUCCCAUCACUGUCAAAAUCCUGGAGGUGGAGCGUUUCACCUCAGCUCAGGACCGCUUCAACCUCACCUCGCAGAGGAGCGUCAACAAGUCAAUGCCAGCUGUGUAUAAAAUUGAGAUGAAACAUGGAGAGUUUACAUGGUUGGUGAAGAGGAAGGAGAAGCACUUCAUCGAUCUCCACAGAGAACUGAGAACAUACAAGACCUUCAUGAAGAUUCCACUUCCACGCAGUCACACGGUGAAGAGGAACAUACCGUUGAGGAGUGAGGUGAGCCAGAUCCCAGAACUCCCCAGAGGAGGCGAUGGCGAACUGGACAGAGGAGUUUCCAGUCGAAGGAAACAACUGGAAGAUUACUUGAAUACUGUGCUAGCGAUGCAGAUGUAUAGGAACUACCACGCUACGAUGGAGUUCAUUGAUGUUAGUCAAUUGUCUUUCAUUCACGACCUGGGACCAAAAGGACUAGAGGGAAUGGUGCUGAAGAGAUCCGGCGGCCAUCGGAUCCCCGGCAUGAACUGCUGUGGUCGCAGCAGAAUGUGCUACCGCUGGUCCAAACGGUCAUGUUUGUGCAGGUCUUUGGUGCUCAAGUGCAACAGCUACAGACAUGCCCGCUGGUGGGGUCAGUCCAUCGAAGGCUUUGUCCAGAAGUAUGGCUCAGCCUUCCUCAAAGAUCACCGCUUUGGAUCUUUCGCUAGAGUGGAAGUGAACAUCCCUGCCAAAUGGUACGUGAACGGGAAAACAUACAUGGAGGAUGUGGCCAAUGCUCUCGAAGAAGCCAAGGAGGAAAUCUUUAUCACCGACUGGUGUAUCCUGGAGGCCGCAAUCCGCAGUUUUAAGUCUUCCGGAUUAGCUAGGGAGGAAGUGAUGCGCCACCCAGACCACGUCUCCUCCGCUGUGUACCUGUGGGCGCAUCAUGAGAAGAUCAUCGUCAUUGAUCAGUCGGUGGCCUUUGUGGGUGGGAUUGACCUUGCUUAUGGACGUUGGGAUGACAGGGAACACCGGCUCACCGAUGUUGGGAGUGUGACGCUCUCUCACUUGGAGCAGGCUGCAGCUGCCUCUCCCGGCGUGGCUGCCCAAGCCAACGGCAGUGGUACGUUUUCCCAGAGCAACGGAAAAGGCGUAUUCACUGUGGCAGACUCGAUGGACCAGCCAAGGCUAAAGAGUCACGGGAGGUUGAGGAGGACCAGGAUGAGCAUCAGAAGACACCUGCAGAAACACGGGCUGGCCCACGCCGAUAGCGACAGCGACCUGGAGCACGAAGAGUCCUCUGUCCCAGUGCAAAAUGAGCCUGCGGGGGUCGGAGAGUUGCAUGGGAACACGCGAUUCUGGCACGGGAAAGACUACUGCAACUUUGUGCACAAGGACUGGAUUCAGCUAGAUAAGCCUUUCGAUGAUUUCAUAGACAGGCACAAAACUCCCAGAAUGCCUUGGCAUGACAUCGCCUCAGUGGUUCAUGGGAAAGCAGCUCGGGAUGUGGCCAGACACUUCAUCCAGCGGUGGAAUUUCACUAAGCUUGUGAAGCCAAAGUACCGCUCCCUGUCAUACCCAUAUCUGCUGCCCAAGUCUCACACCACAGCUGGAGAACAGCGAUACCAAGUCCCCAACUGCAUCCCCACCAAAGUACAGAUCCUGCGCUCAGCUUCAGAUUGGUCUGCUGGCAUCAAAUACCACGAAGAGUCCAUCCACAAUGCCUACGUCCACGUCAUCAAGAACAGCCAGCACUUCAUCUACAUAGAGAAUCAGUUCUUCAUCAGCUGUGCCGACAACAAAUAUGUUUUCAACCAGAUAGGAGACGCGAUUGCAGAGCGCAUCAUUCGUGCGUACAGGGAGGGUAAAACGUAUCGCGUUUAUGUGGUGACGCCGCUGUUGCCGGGCUUUGAAGGAGACAUCAACACUGGAGGCGGCAGCGCCAUCCAGGCUGUCAUGCACUUCAACUACAGGACCAUGAACAGAGGAGACCACUCCAUCAUUUCCCAGCUCAAGAGAGAGAUGGGAGAUAACUGGAUAAACUACAUCUCCAUCGCUGGUCUGAGGACUCACACUGAUCUGGAGGGGAAGCUCGUCACUGAGCUCAUCUAUGUCCACAGCAAGAUGCUCAUCGCGGACGACAACACCGUCGUCAUCGGUUCUGCCAACAUCAACGACCGGAGCAUGCUGGGAAAGCGGGACAGCGAGGUGGCGGUGAUCGUGGAGGACUCGGAGAUGGUGGACUCUGUGAUGGACGGAAAGCCGUACAAGGCGGGAAAAUACGCCCUGCAGCUCCGGCUCGAGUGCUUCAAGUACUGA